UUUUAAAAAGCAUUCAUUUUGAAUCGAGUUGAGGAUCAAUUUGGAAUUGGUUUUUAAUCCCAAAAUAUCUGUGGUGGAUCGACUUUUGUAUGAACCUAUUUGAUUAUUGGGUACAAAUACCAAAUUGACGCAACUUGGCCGAGAUUAGGCUGUCUCCCCUCCUUGCGUAAGAUCGAAGAAAUGACUGGCUUUGGGAGCUUGAAGACUGUGGUGGCUCAAGCGGCCGUGAAAGGGGUGGCUGAGGCGAGGGCUCGAAUAUUCGGCCAUGUUUUUAAUCCCACAGGGCAGAGGUCACCCCACAAAAUACUGAGCAAAAAAUUGAUUGGCGAUAAAGUUGCCGCUUGGUAUCCUUACGAUAUUAAAAAGGACGAUCCUCUUGUAAUGGCUCGUAAAGAACAAGAGCGAUUGAACAAACUUGAAAUGUUGAAGCGCCGUGGUAAGGGGCCACCGAAGAAAGGUCAAGGAAAGCGUGCUAAGAAGAGCAGCAGAUAAGGAAUCAAUUACCGUGGGGUAUAACUUCAUUCGUACUAUGCAUUUAUAUGUUCGACAUAUCCCAGAACUAGUUUUUGAAGAACCAAUAAGACUUGCAUAUCCAUUUUCCAUUCCCAAACCCGAGUCUUGACCCAAAGUAACUUUGCUGCUUGAGCUAAACUCUUUUAUGCUAUAACACAGGUGUUUUUAAUUUGGUUUUGAUUUCUAUGUUUUUAGUUCGGUGAAA